AUGCGUGCCUCCACCGCCAUCGCUCUCCUUCCCUCCCUGGCCAUCGCGGCCCCCACCGCCGCCUCCCAGUUCAGCAAGAGGCUGGACACCUGGGGCGGCGCCGUCUCGCUCGGCCCCACCAAGUCGACCAUCAUCAACGCCGUCACCACCCUGAUCCCCGGCCGUGCCCCGCCGAACCAGGUCGGCCAGCUCUUCCUGUGGCCCGGCAUGAGCAACGGCACCGGCCACCUGGUGCAGACGACGCUCGAGGACUACGACAGCAACGCCUGGUGCGGCGCCACCGACGGCCAGUGGUGCAUCCGCGCCUCUCUCUUCGGCAGCUUCGGCCAGCUGGACGGCCCCGCCUCGGCCAUCGACGGCGACACCAAGGUGCGCAUCGAGUACAACUUGAUGGCCGACGGAACCACCUGGGAGCAGGUCGUCACCGACGCCGACUCGGGCAAGAACCUCACCUACUUCCAGUACGACUCGGGCCCAUACAUGAGGGGCUACGGCACCGGUACCGAGUGCCAGAGCGACUGCACCGGCACCAUCGACGAGCAAAAGUACCUCAACACCGUCAUCACCCUCGCUGACGCCGACACCACUUUCGGCAGCACCGUCGGCUCGUCUCAGGGCGCUCAGUACUCGGAGCUGAAGCAGACCGAGGGUGGCAAGAUCUGGACCAUUGACACCAUCACCAUCCCCGCCAUGCAGUAG